AUGGCCUCCUCUCAUAAAAUUGUCUACUGUCCUCUUAUCCAGAGGUUCAUAGAUUUCACCCCUAAUGCAACCAAUCAAACAACUGCACUGAGUUCCAUGAAUGUUUUUGCCAUUUCCCUUCAUGGCUUGUUCUCUUCCGUUGGUAUCCUGGAAAACCUGCUCAUCAUCGGAAUAGUGGGCUUUCAUGUCCGCCGCUCUGUCAUCAGCAUCUGGAUCCUUAAUCUUGCAGCCUCUGACUUGCUGGCUACUGCCUCCCUGCCAUUCUUCACCCUCUACAUGGCCAAUGGUAACACCUGGAAGUUGGGCGCAACCUUCUGCCGCAUCAAUUCCUCCAUUUUUUUUCUCAACAUGUUUGUCAGUGGCUUCCUGCUGGCGGCCAUCUCUAUGGAUCGCUGCCUUGUUGUGUUGAAACCUGUCUGGGCUCGACACUACAGGAACAUCCAAAAAACAGGGAGGGUGUGUGGUGUCAUUUGGGCUUUGGCUGUGCUCUGCACUAUCCCCUUCUACAUAUACCGUGACACCAUUCAGCUACCCAAUGGCAAGAUCAUGUGUUACUAUCACUAUGCUCAACUCCUCCCAAGUGGGUCCUUUGACCUGGGAUCUUUAUGUAAGCAACGCGAGAAGGGCUUGGCCUUCAUGAAGCUCUUCCUAGCCUUCCUGAUCCCUCUCUUAAUCAUCAUCCUCAGCUACAUUGCUGUGAAUGCCAGUUUGGCGCGCAGAGGCUGCCGACGCCCUUUUCGUUUUGUUCGACUAGUGGUGUCUGUGGUGGUGAGCUUUGUACUCUGCUGGGCUCCAUUCCACGUGUUCAGUGUUAUGGAGGUGGUUGCCCCAAAAGGACAUCCUGCACAGAAAUUAGCAGCCAAAGCCCUCCCAAUUUCAGCAACUAUCGGCUUCCUCAACAGCGUCCUCAACCCCAUUCUGUAUGUGUUCAGCUGCCCUGACCUUUGCAAAAAGAUAAGACAAUCUUUAGGCGCGGUGAUGGAGAGUGUUCUGGCUGAGGAUCUGACCGAGUUUGCCCGGCGUCACAGCACCGCACGCUCCAUCAACAACUCUGAGAUUGUGUUAAAGCAGAGGAAUUCCAUUCAAACCACAUCCAUUAAAACAGAGGAGCAAGAGCAGGAGGAAGAUAUCGUGAUUCACAACUAG